UGUUUGGACGUUGCUUCAUUAAUUCUACUUCCUGCUGUUUUGUUUAAGUUUCUGUUUUUCAGACGUUGAUCAGAUCAGACCUGUUGUCAGUCUCGUCCGGCGCCCACACACUCCUUCACUCUGAAUAAACCAAUACGAAUAAAAAUAUGGCGGGAAUUCAGACUCUCAACACUCUAUGGGAUCUUCUGGACUCUGGGUUUGGACGGCCGUCCCCCAGACACGGACUCAACCUCCUGUACUGGUUUGCAAACCAGUGUUUGGAAGUCGACGACUGGAACCAGAUAACGGUUCUCUACAAGCCCAGGACCAGGGUCUACGGCUUCCGACUUUACCACAACAAUGAAGAGCUUCUUCCUGUCACCAACCAGCUUUACUUUGAAGUUGGCAACCUGAACCAUGAAGAAGCUGAAGACCUGCCGGAUUACGUCAGAAGAGAUUACAACAGUGAUCCGUACUACAGCAACGCCGACCGCAUCAUCUUCUGCAUCACCCGCUUCAGUGUGAACAGCGUCUACGUGACGAGCCACAGGGACAAGUGGACCUUCAACCCAAACCAAACCUUCUGCAUCAGUCCACAGCUUAUAAGAACCAUCAGGAGCCUGACGAGAGAAGAUUUCCUCAAACAAACCCCUCCCCCUCAGUACAUUAUUACACAGAGCACCCCAGAGCGAGCCAAUCAGCCUUCCCAAAACUCUGCUGAGGAAUGCUGGGAAUUUCUCUUCAGAUUUCUGCCAUUUACCAUCCUAUUAUAUUGUUUAUUCAUCUUCAGAAGUAUCUGCACAUAGUGGGAUAUUAGAAGCUUUCAAGAUCAGCGACUUUGAAUGCAUUUAUUAACAAUGAAAUUGUGUUAUUUGUGUUGCAUCAGGAUUUUAACCAUAAAACAUGAUUGAGUUUACUAAAUCUAUCUGAUUCAAUUUGAAUUUGGAAUUAAUAUUCAGGAAUGGGUCAGGGAUCUUAAUACCGGUCCACGUCAAACCAUGUCUAGAAAUCGUAAUGCGCAGUGCUUUUAAUCAUGGUAUUUUUUUUUAUAUAUAUGCUAAUAAUCUUUUCCUUGUUAUUAUUAUUAUUAUUAUUAUUCAGUAAUUAGUUUGUUGGACUGACCAUGGCUAAAAUUUUUAUUUUGUCGAGCCUAAAUUGUGCUUUAAUAAUGGUCUCAAAGGGGGCAGG